AUGGAUAGUGAAAGCAGCAACGGCGAUAUUCCAACAGAAACUGAACAAUAUGUGGGUGAUUACAUGCCUGUCAACGUCGUCUCUGCACAGUCUAAAACUGACGAGUACGACUAUAGUUGCGGAAUAAGAACAUGGCGCCCCAAGUGUCUGCAAGUUUUCGCAAAGGCUCACUUUGGAGUGGCUGGUCUCGUGAUAGCAACACUAUGCGUGAAUGUCAAUUUCACUGCGAUGGUAUCUGCUGUAAACAAUUGGGAGAAACGAUACAGUUUACCCUCUACUAUAGUUAGCCUUGUAUUUACUGUAAUGGACGUAGCCAUGUUGUUGCCUAUAAUUCUAAUAACCUACAUAGGUGGUAGACCAGAUACCCACAAACCACGGUGGAUAGGAAGUGGUAUGGUGAUUGGAGGUAUAGGUCUGCUCAUUGUCAGCAGUCUGCAAUUCAUGUCGGAACCAUAUCAAUACGGCGUCAGCCAUAAGAAAACCUCAGAGCUCUGCAGUGCACAAACAGAACAUUCUUUUAACUACACCAUUGUAUGCAAUGAAGAGGCUGUGCAUGGGGAACAGCUUAAAUUAUUAAUAUUGAUACUCACUGGAAUAACUCUGUUUGGCAUUGGUAUAUCUCCACUCUUCACUCUUGGAAUCACAUAUAUUGAUGACAAUGUUGCCAAGAAUAAAGCCCCUUUCUACAUAGGUAUAAUGUUCUCUAUGUAUGCACUGGGACCACUCAUAGCUUUCCCAAUAUCAGCUGUCUAUAAUAACAUGUACGUAGAUUUCUAUCGUAUCAACACAUCGAUGAUCGAUAUCAGUCGAUAUGAUCCACGCUGGGUCGGUGCAUGGUGGCUCGCUUUCGUUAUUAAUGGUCCUUUGUGUAUUAUUAUUGGAAUAUCGAUUAUGUUACUUCCGAAAAGGAUCCAUGCUAAGAUUGGAAUUUCAGGUAGCCAAAUGAAAGAAGUAGUUGAGAACAACACUAUCGUUCCUGAUUUGAACAAGAAGCUGAAAGAUCUGCCACAGGCGCUGAAAAGACUCAUCUAUAAUAAGACUUACGUGGCAGUGAUGAUGUCACGUAUAGUCGAUACGGCUCUGAUUGCAGCAUUCGCGCCUUUUAGUGUUAAAUACAUUUACGACCAAUUAAGAGUUACAAUGUCAAUGGCGGGGAUCCUUGUUCCUUUUGCAUUUAUUAUACCAAGCGGACUUGGGAUAUUCAUUGGAGGUAUACUCAUGCGGAAAUACAAACCAUCAUUAGUAUCUACAGCUAGAAAUGUCCUUCUUGCAGCUGUUCUGGUUGUACCACUUCCUAUCAUAAUGAUCUUUAUUGGAUGUGAUAAUUAUAGAUUUGCUGGCAUCAAUACAGAAUACGCAAAUAGAUUAUAUGGCAAUAGUAGCAAUGUGAACAAUGUAACUUCCUGUAACUCUGAAUGUAUAUGUCAAGAUGAUGUUUUUGAUCCGGUAUGUGGAUCAGAUGGAAUAACGUACCUUUCACCAUGCCAUGCAGGAUGUCAAUCACUGGAUUCCCCGAUGCCAUAUGCAAUGAAUUUCAAUGAAUGCACCUGUACUGGCGCAAUUAACAGUGAUAUCCCUAGUAGGAUCAGUUCUACUUUUACAAGUAAUCAUUCCCUGAUGGCCAAUAGUUAUGAUAACUAUACAGAGACGUACAACAAUACAAUAAAUAAUGGAUCUGCAUACCUUCUCAAUGAGGACGAUAUAUCAAUACUUGGCUAUGCUGAGCCAGGUAUAUGCAAAGAAGAAAGCAAUCAAAUUACUAUUGUGUUUGUUGUUGUAUUCUGCCUGUUUAGCUUUGUCGGAUCUCUUCCAGCAACAAUGACGAUGGAACUAAUUCUAAGGUGCGUUGACCCAGCAGAUAAAACGCUUGCACUAGGUGUUCAAGAUGUGUUUUCUACGUUAUUAGUUUGGAUUCCAACGCCAGUGUUUAUUGGAGCAACAAUUGAUUCCACAUGUGUGUUUUGGGAAACGACAGCAUGUGGCGAUGAGGGCGCUUGUUGGAUAUAUGACAUUCCACAGUAUCGCAUGAAAUACAUGUUAGUUCUAUUAGCUAUUAAGGUCGUUUGUCUGAUCUUCAAAGCACUGACUUGGUGGUUGUUUAGAAAUCGUGUCGGAACUAUGUUUGUAUCACUUUCAUUCUGGGGUUUGAUCUUGAUGGCAGUUACAUCAAAUGCUCAACAUCAUCCUGGAAACCCCGCUAAUGGCACUUGUACGGAUUGUAAUGAUGUCAUGUACGACAAUGGAGUAUGGCAUAGUGUGUGCACUGAGGGGUUUACCUGCCCACUUCACAUAGCAGACAUUGAAAAUACAAUUGAGGGGAAAGAUAUAAGGUUUCAGGCUACAACUUAUUUAGGGAAUGCAGCAUUCGUACCUGGUACACUUCACUACGAGUAUGACGCAAUAAUCACAUCACUAAUUGACUCAAUUAAAAAGAGUGAUAUAGGAACUGUAGAUGUGGCAACUGAUAAUUGUCAACGAUGUGAGGUCAUUGUAAUAGAAGAUGCGUGGGUUCAAUUUGUUUGUGAAAUUGUGGAUUGCCCACCAGUCAUCGCCGAGCAAAUCGAGUUAAAGGCGUCAUUUCCUGAAAAAGAUUCAACGCGUGAUAGAAUUUGUUUGGUUCGCAAAAAUGAUGAGUACACCAUCUAUACCUGCGAAUAUUACUCUGAUGAUCCUGAUAUUGUUGAUAAGAUUAUUCAAACUUAUACAUAG